AUGGCCAACGGCCAGCUGCUAGGAGGGCGGACCUACCGGUGCCGCACAUUCCUGGUGCCAAACCGCGGCGAUCGGCUGUUCAUGUUGGCAACGGAGUGCGCCAGGGUCUUGGGAUACCGAGACUCUUACCUCUUGUUCAAUAAGAACCGAUCACUUUUCAAGAUCAUUGCCAGCCAGCCUGAAAAGGAUGAACUAGUGGCCCAGGAAAUCCUCCCCUUCUCUUACCGAUCGAGGCAGAUUGCCAUCGUUACGGCGCGGUCCAUGUUCCGCCAAUUCGGCAGUCGCGUCAUCGAGAACGGACGCCGCGUCCGCGACGACUACUGGGAGACCAAGGCUCGAAAGCAAGGUUUUACCGAGGCUGACCCCGCGGGCGAGAAGCGGCCUGGACAAGCCAAAGCUCGCGAGGCUGCCGAGGCUCAGAAUCAGGUCAUGCUUGGCGGCCCUCAAGGUGAGAUUGUCUAUAGCAACGCGCCGGCCCAGUUCCCUGGCGCGCCGCAGCAGCCUCAGAUUGUCCAGCCGGGCAUGCUCGGGCCGGCUGGAGGAUCGACCCGGAUGCCUAUGAUCUCCCUGGGUACUGAUCUCAGCGACACUCGCCCACGUGACUAUAGCGUCAAUUUCAAGGGAGGUCCUCGCCAGGAGAUCACGGGACCACCGUACCAGGAUUUGACGCGUCCAGCUCAGCCAGGCGAGAUCAACCAACAGGCACACCAUGCUGCUGAGUACAACAGGCAGGUCACGCAGAAUCGUGAAAGGAGCAGCAACUACCUGCAGGACCACUGGCGUCGCCCACACGAACAGCCUCAAUCAGCCAGCCUGCACCAGCAGCAACCCAUCAGCACAACCGAAGCAUCUGUACCAACGAGUCGGGCUGCUGUCCAGUCACCUCACACUUCCUCCGUGAACAUGUCGCAGCCAGGUCUGGUUCCCAAUCAGAGCCCUCAAAUGGGACUAUCGAACCCUCCUUACUCUCAGGCGAUCCAUGCCCAGAACCCUAUUAGCCAAGCGCCGAUGAGGGGCAUGCCACAGAGCUCGCCGCAGCUGAACAACAGACCAACGUCACUGAGCUCAGGAGCGACCGGCAGUCUGUCUCAGUCCACUCCCAGCUACCCUUACCCAGGCGGCUCCGGGCAGAUGUGGCCACAGCAGAUGCCGCAGGCACAUCAGCACUAUCCUGGGUACACGACGCAAGGGCAGCAGCAGCAACAGCAGCAGCAGUCGCACCAGCAGCAGUCACCCGCUCCCCAGCCUCAACUCCGACAGCACUCAUCCAGCGGCGUGCAGCCAGGCAUGCAAUUUUCCGGCAUGCCGGGCAUGAGCCAGGGUUAUGGGUCGAACCAGGCCAUUUACUCUGCCGAACAAACACCACGACAAUACAUGCCUCAGCCAAACCCGGGCGCCCCAGCCGUUAGCCAGGCAUGGUCGAACCAACAGUCGCCUGGCGCGCAGUGGUGGGCCAACCAACCUCAAUAG